CACUAGCAACUACUCUCUCUCUUUCUCUGCUUCUCCUCUGUUUCUCUCUGUUUAUUUUCAAUAACCACGAAACGAGGCUCAAAUACUGGUUUUUCUGCAAUUGAUCCUCCCAUUUUCCCACUCGCAGAUGUCAACAAAAAGCAAUAGGGCGUGUUUCAGUCCUGAUGUAAAUGAGAAACCAACCUUCUUCCUCAAGCAUGGUGAGCGAAGUGGAAGAGUAUUAGGAAACAGAAAGAGGAUAAUCGGAAGUUGGACUUUCCGAUUGCCAAAAGACCCGAGAUUCUCACCGGUGAAAUUUCUAUUGCGGCUCGGAGCAAAGGUGGCGAGAGCUACUGUAAGGGUUGUUUCCAUGAGAAGAAGAUCGUCCAGGAAGGUUUCUUCUUCAUCAACUUUGGUCAGGUCACGUUCUUUAUCAGAUCCUACCGAUUCACACAGAGCUGAGGCUGUAGAAGAUUGCAUUGAGUUCUUACACUCUUCUUCCUCCAGGGAGAGACCCUCCAGAUGAGUUCU